AUGACCAGGCAGUCCAACUACGAUCUCGCCGGGAGAGCGAUCUGGAAGGACCUCGUGAGCAACCCGGGCCUAGUGUCCACGGAUGCGGUGGUGUCCUUCAGGACGGCCAUGUGGUUCUGGAUGACGGCGCAAGGCAACAAGCCAUCGUCCCACGACGUCGCCCUCCGCCGCUGGACGCCGACGGCCGCCGAUACCGCUGCCGGUCGGGUGCCUAGAUACGGCGUAAUCACCAAUAUCAUCAACGGCGGGCUCGAGUGUGGCAUGGGCCAGAACGAUGCCAACGUCGAUCGCAUCGGCUACUACAUGCGCUACUGUGGCAUGCUCGGCACAGACACUGGAGGCAACCUCGACUGCUACACCCAACGAAACUUCGCUAGCUAG